UUUCAACAUAUAAGCUGCCGUAAGGGACCUCAGAAGAAGAAGAAGAAGAAGAAGAAGAAGAAGGAGGUAUACAAAAAUAAAUAAAUAAAAUAGAAAAAGCAAAAUUUCGCAGCUAUUUCCAUUCCUUUUCAUUCUAAUCUCCCUGAGCUUCUUCUUUGAUUUCUCUAAUUCUUAAAACCCCAUUAGCUGACCACCCAGUUUCAUGGUUUCAAAUUUUCCAUUGCUACGCUAACUCUAAGCAAAGUUUAAGUAGUUUUGAGGAAGAGAGUGAUGGGUUGCUGUAUAUCAUCAUUUCUGAGGGAAACACACCCAGAAAAGGAUCAAACCCGCCAAACCCACCACCAACAUGCCCCUGUCCUUCACCCUCCACCCACCGUCGGAGUCGACCCGGCAACCGGUGGGGCUUCAACUUUCGCUGAGUUCUCUUUCUCCGACCUCAAAGCCGCUACUAACAACUUCAGUUCCGAGUUCAUCGUCUCCGAGAGCGGUGAGAAAGCUCCUAACCUUGUGUACAAGGGCCGUCUGCAGAAUCGCCGUUGGAUCGCCGUCAAGAAGUUCACCAAGUUGGCUUGGCCGGAUCCGAAGCAGUUCGCGGAGGAGGCAAGAGGUGUGGGGAAGUUUAGGCAUCGGAGGCUCGCUAACUUGAUUGGGUAUUGCUGUGAUGGUGAUGAGAGGCUACUAGUUGCUGAAUACAUGCCUAAUGAUACUCUUGCUAAGCAUCUUUUCCACUGGGAGAAUCAAACUAUUGAGUGGGGGAUGCGUCUAAGAGUAGCUAUUUAUAUUGCUGAAGCGUUGGAUUAUUGCAGCACGGAGGGCCGUCCACUAUACCAUGAUUUAAAUGCUUACAGGGUUCUAUUUGAUGAGGAUGGUGAUCCGCGUCUUUCAUGUUUUGGCUUGAUGAAAAAUAGUAGGGACGGGAAGAGUUACAGCACAAAUCUUGCCUAUACACCUCCUGAGUACCUUAAAAAUGGAAGGGUCACUCCAGAAAGUGUGAUCUAUAGCUUUGGCACUGUCCUUCUGGAUCUGCUAAGUGGAAAGCACAUUCCUCCAAGUCAUGCUCUUGAUAUGAUCAAGGAAAAAAAUAUCAUGCUGUUAAUGGAUUCACAUUUGGAGGGAAAGUUUUCUACAGAAGAAGCCACAGUGGUUGUAAAUCUUGCCUCUCAGUGUUUGCAAUAUGAACCUAGGGAGCGGCCUAAAACAAAGGACCUUGUUGCAACACUUGCUCCGCUGCAAGCAAAACCCGAUGUCCCAUCUUAUAUCAUGCUUGGAAUUCCAAAGCAUGAAGAGGCCCCAUCAACCCCACAACGUCCACUUUCAGCAAUGGGUGAGGCCUGUUCAAGGAUGGACCUCACAGCAAUCCAUCAGAUCUUGGUUAUGGCACAUUAUAGAGAUGAUGAAGGAACCAACGAGUUAUCAUUCCAAGAGUGGACACAACAAAUGAGAGACAUGCUUGAGGCGAGAAAGCGUGGGGACUAUGCAUUUCGGGAUAAAGAAUUUAAAACUGCCAUUGACUGUUAUUCCCAGUUUAUAGACGUAGGAACCAUGGUAUCUCCUACUGUUUUUGCUCGACGCAGCCUAUGCUAUCUGUUAUGCGAACAACCGGAUCCUGCCCUUAGAGAUGCAAUGCAAGCUCAAUGUGUUUAUCCAGACUGGCCGACUGCAUUUUACAUGCAGUCAGUAGCUCUUGCAAAGUUGGACAUGCACAAGGAUGCUGCUGACAUGUUAAAUGAAGCAACUACACUUGAAGAGAAGAGGCAAAAAGGUGGGAGAGGAUCAUGAUGAGAAUGCUGAACUCUCCCAAAUUCAUUACCACUACCAAAUUUGUUGGUUAGGCUACCCCACAUUUGUGUAAAAAUCUGAGAUGGGAUUCAAAAAUUGCCUUCUCAAUUGAUUUGUCUAUAUAACAUAUGUAGAAAAGAAGGUCUCGUGUUCAUCAAUAUCAUUUUUUUUUUUUUUUGGUUUUUUCAAAAUUCCUUUUUGGUUUUUUGGCCCCCCUCUUGUGUUGUCACUUUCUAGCCUUUUCUUGGCACUUUGGUUUUUUUCAAUUCUGUCAUACAUUAGUCAGUAUAUUUCUCCACUAUACCAUUAUUUUAUUUUAGGUUUGUACAAACUUGUUUUAAUAAAAAAAUUAAUAACUUCUCCCAA